AGAAUCUGGCCAACAACGCACGUAGCAUCGUCUCUUCUUGUCUAUAUAUGUACGCAAUGAAAGAGUUCUAAAACUAUAACUAAUCAAACUCAUCAUCAGGGCUGCUCAUCAUAUAUAAUAUCAUAUCAUAAAUAAAUAGUGAAACAAAGACCAGAAAUUCAGAAGGGGAAGCAAUGGCGGCAGGGACCGAUCCGUAUCAGCAGACGGGCUAUGGGUUUGCGAUCGGAACACCCGUGGCUACACAAAACACGAACGUUGCGGUGGUAAGUGACGUAUUCUGCUGUCCUUACCCACUCCAGCUAACAGUCAAGAAGAAAUGUAAAGGACUUAGCGGUGCCAAGCUAGAGGUGGUGGACCUCAACUCCAACGUCGUUCUCUGCGUAGACGGUCCUCACGACAGCUUCAGCAGGAAACGUGUCCUUCGUGACCCCGCGGGUUACCCUCUUCUCACCAUGCGCGAGAAGUUGACGUGGUUACAUGACGGAUGGACUGUUCAUCGAGGAGAAGGCUCAGAUCCAAGGGAGCUAAUGUUCACAGUGAAACGUUCUCAUGCUCUUCAAUGGAGGGCCCGCCUCGAUGUCUUCUUUCAAUCUCAUCAUCUCCCUGGUAACUUCAGCGUCGUAGGCACUUACUUCGACGACUCCGCCAAGGUUUACCAUUCCAACGCUGUCAUCGCCGAGGUGAAGGAGAAGACGACAUUUGGAGGAUUUUUCAAAGGGAAACAAGACUUUGUGGUUAAAAUAAAUGCAGGCGUUGACUAUGCUUUUAUUGUCUCUCUCCUCGUCAUCUUGAAUGAGACCAACACAAUCUUUUAGCUCAUACAUGUCAUUUUUGUCUUGUUUGGUUUGUGUUAUAUUUUGGUACUUGCAUCUUUUACAUUGUUUACAAUGCCUUCAAAAAUGAUUGCGUGUUUAACAUGUUUGUGAUUUGCAUAUUGCAUAAUCUUGAU